AGCAUUGUUGUCUGAGCGAGGAUUGCGGCGACCUAGAGGACCUGGAGCAUGUCGAGGGGGGGUGCGCUCCUCGGUCGUCGAGCCCUGCAGUACCAGAUCACUCACACGACGAACAAGGAAGGAUUCAUUGAGGAUCCGUUCUGGGGAGCGUCAGUCCCACCUGAAAUUGCAAGCCUUCCAAACCUAGUGGAGGAUUCAGGCCGAGACCAUUUUCGUGCUUCACUGGGAUUAUCUGUUCACCACCUGUCAGGGAAAGAUGUCGAAGAGGAGGAUCUCGAAGAUGUUGGUCAGGCGCUCUUCCAAGGGACGACGAGGGCGCUGUUGUGCGCCAUCAGAAGCAAGGCUGAGGAGGAGAAGAUUCUCAACGAUCUGCAAGCUCUCAGCUUGUCGCCGGAUGUCUCCAAAGACUUCGUGCAGGCUCUCUCGCGCGCAAGGACUCGUAUCCUCAGUGGACCUCAGUUGAGCGGACCUUCGUUCCCCUCGCUAGAGGAUAUGCGAUGGCGCGUUGACGUCACGAUCUCGACGACUUCGCUCUCCCGCGUCAUGCGACCAACUAUCUUGAUGCAGUGGACGCUCUCCGAUGGAUCCAUCGAGACCUUCGAGGUGUCGGUGGACAAGCUGCAGGACCUCCGGUAUGACGUGGCGAAGUCCCUGCAAGAGCUCAAGGAGCUCGAGAACACCCAGCUAUUCCGCCUUCACGGCGCUUCCAAGACGAAGGCCACCAAGGAGACCUCCCCCGCCAAGAGGCCCGUCACAUCCUCCUCCGCCAGCCCUGCCCAUCAGACUUCGAGCGCCGAGCGAGCAGGAGAGUCCAGCAGCAUGACGGCGGCAGUUCCUGACUUCUAGUGAGAAUACAGACCCCACUGUAACCUCA